GCCAAAGCAAAGGGAGAAACUGUCACGUUUGCAUCUGCAAGUGCAAGAUUUGUUGAGGUCAGAAGAACAGCCAUGGCUCUCUCAGUUGAGAAGCUGCUGACAGAUGCUCACACACUCAUCAUCCACCUGAAGGAUCAUGACUCACUGGCCGACAACAUCAUCGCAAGUACUCAGGCCCUCUACAACAAGGUGGAGGCAAUGAAACAGUAUCAAGACGACAUCACCGAGCUUAAUGAGAUAGCCAAACACAGACCACGUUCCACGCUUGUUUUGGGCAUUGCACAAGAGAACCGCCAGAUUCGCGAACUGCAACAGGAGAACCGAGAACUUCAAGCCACGCUAGAGGAGCAUCAGUCGGCUUUGGAGCUGAUCAUGCAGAAGUACCGAGAGCACACUGUCAAACUCCUCCACGGCAAUCGUUUAGAGAGAGCUCUUCAUGACAAAGAGUCAGCAGACAAGGAUUCCAUGUGCCAUUUGAUGGACAAAAUAGAUGAAAUGGCCGGUGUCAUGCAGAAAGCGAUAGAGGUUGACGAGACAGUUGGCUGUGUGGAUAAAGAGCGGGUGAGUCGUCUGGAGGUGGAGAACCGAGCUCUGCGCGAGAUGCUAGAGAUCUGUACGACAAGCCGCGACCGCAUUAUGGUUCCUUUUGGAGCAGCAGGUUUAAAAGAAAACGGGCUGGGCAAGGAUGACGGAGAGGAGAAUCUCGACGAUGAUGAUGAAGAUGAUGAUACCGACACAGAGUGUGAUUCCACUGUGCUAGUAUCUGCUGGGAAAGAAUUAGAGGAGAAAGAAGAGAAAGCUUUGAAGGAGGAGAAGAAAGAAAAGGAGGAGAAGAAAGAAAAGGUGGAAAAGACAGAAAAGGUAGAGAAGGUAGAAAAGGAGGAGAAGGGAGGAGGGGCAGCAGGAGGGAAAAAGAAAGUCCAAGAAUCAUCGAGCAAGGAAAGCACGCCAACCCCAUCCCCAUCCCCAUCCCCAACCCCAACUUCAUCCUCAGCCACGCCCACUUCUACCUCAGCAAGUGCUCCCGCAGCUGCAAAGGGAGGCAAAUCCCCAAGUCCCAGCAAAUCUGUCGGUGAUGUGAAGAAGACCAGGACUGGUAUGGUCGCUCGUUCUCCCAGCGAAAGUACAGUGAAAAAAACAGCGUCGACCACUUCAGUGAAAAAGGACACAGGCACUCUAAAGAAGAGUCCUUCAGUAGACACAAAGAAAGAUCUGAAAGGCAAGCCAGCUGCUGGUAAAGCUCCUGCGAAGAAAUAAGCACCCCUGUGAUUUGUUUUCUUUCAUGUCAAUGAGCAGAAAGAGAUUGAGUGAGAUGUGAGCUUGUGUUUUCAGGAGGCAGAAAUGUUUUUUUCCACAUAAUGAACGCCUUCCUGUUUUCUGUUUGAUAUUGUAUGAAAGAUUUCCAUUGGUGAUAUCAAACCUUUAUUUGGCUCACUUCAUUGAUGAUGAUUGGAAGGAUGUGGUUAUCAUGUGUACAUUUCAUUAUUUAUAUAUAUAUUAUGUAUUUGAGUAUGAUUAGUAAUCAAUAAAACUUUUUUUCUUGAAA